UGCCCGGGGGCCUCCAGGUGAAAUUGCUGGCAGCCCCCCCAGGCCCUGGCGGGUCCAAGAGCCCCUCCCAGCCCCACCAGUGGGAGCCUCCGCAGCUGCUCCGAGCCCCUCCCCAGACAGCCCUGGGGGUAGGACGCUCAGGUGCCCAGGCCCUGCCCCUCCCGCCCCAGCAGGUGAGGGCGAAGCAGAACCAAGGCAAAGGCUCUGAGGGCGGAGGGCAGCGUGGAGGUCGGCCGGCCAGAGCCCAGGUGGGGGCCACGUGGUAGGCCAGCUGCGCCUCCAGCCUCAGCCCAGGCCCCAGGCCUCACUCUGCAGAAGACAGGAGCACGCAGGCCCCCCACCGGUCCUCCCGCCGGGGGCCGGCACACUGGGCCUCUGUGGGCAUCUUACCGGACAGUGCUGGAUUUCUCGGCUCGACUCUAACACUGUCUGGUAACGAUGUUCAAAGGUGACCCACCGCGCUGCCGGGAGCGGCCCCAGGACGUGCUGUCCUGAGUCCCUGGCCCUGAGCCGAACUGAGACCCAGGGCGGGUGGGGCACAGGGGACAACCUGUCCCAGCCAGGCCCGCGGCGACCUGACCCCCAAGAGAGACCACGAUGGCCGGGACGCGGGGGCGGAGAAGGGCCCAGCCCCGCCCGCACGCCAGCCUCGUCUGGGGCUGUGCCCAGCGCUGUGGUGGCCGCUGGGGCUCGGAGGACUCGCACGGCAUCGGCGGCCGGCCAGUCGCACCCACUGGGUCCAGAGCUGGUGGCAGGCAGCCCUCCCGUCCACCACGCAGGUCCAUGUCCACCGUGGCUUCCACACGCGUCCGCGGGAGCGGGCCCCCCUGAGCCCCGGUCUGCUGGGUCCGCAGUGGCCUCUCUCAGCUCUGACCCUGUUAGGGCCACGUGCUCCGGGGCCACCUGGGACGCAGGGAGGGCAGGUGCGUCCAGGUGCCCCGCCCCGGCCCACAGGCUGAGGGUGGUGCCCCCCGUGUAUUCCCCGAUGAGGACGGUCUCCCUGCCCCCCAGUCCUCCACCAGCCCCACAGCUUCACAGGCAAGAAAGGGAACAUGGUCUGAAAUCGAGGUCAGAAGGCCCUAGGUUUUAUCUUUUUUAUCGGAAGCCAGGACUGGGGCUUGCAGGCCUGCUGACACGCACAGGGGCAGCCCUUCUGGCCCAGGAACCCCACCAGCCCAGGGCCCCAGCUGGUCUCUCCGGGGAGGAGGGUCUGCCCAGGCCUCCUGUUACUCAUUAACGAGCCUGACUCAGGGUCAAGUGCAGGGCAACCAGAUGCCCCAGCUGCUCUCUCUCUCUCUCUCUCUCUCUCUCUCACACACACACACACACACACACACACCUGGGGGCUGCAGGCUAGGGUGGGUUCUGAGGGAGGCCCUCCUCGAAGCAGCCCAGGGGCCAGGGGGCGCUGGGAGGCUCCAGCCAGACCUCAGGCCGCGGGGCGUGUGGGUUCGGAGGUGCCGCUCUGCAGACUCAGGAGGCCCAGGUCUCGCCCCCCAGCUGAACGCCACAGACAGGCAGCCGGUGAUGGGCGUCUUACCAGACACGGUUAGACCUGGUCCUUCUGUCUAAUACUGUCUGGUAAUGCCGUCCAUCCCCGGCCCGGUCGCCGGAGGAGGGCCCUCGCCGACGCCGGUGGAAGUCGAGGUCCACUGUCCAUCGGGCCCAGCGCGGCUCGGACCAGGUGGGGCGCCUGCCCGGGCCCGGGGCCCUCAGGUCCUCCCAGGGCACAGGCCACACUGGGCGUCGCCAGCCCAUGACGCUGGCGGGGGGAGUCCCCUGACCCCGGUGGGCUUUCUGUCACAGCCAUCUGUUCCUCCUGGGGCACAGCCUCCCCCACAGCCCAGAGGGCCCCCCACUAGGGUCUUUGUGUCCCCACACGCUGCGGGCCCUGCCACGAGGCCAGAGAGACGGGAGUGUGGUCAGCCCCACCCCUGCAGCCCAGCCUGGAACCCUCCCCAGGGAGGUGGCCUCAUCUGUUACCCCCGACACCUGUACCAGGCAGGGGUGCCUCAGGAGGGCAAGACAGAAGCAGCCCAGCCCCCCAACUCCCACCCACGGUGGGGAAGACGACCCGUGGCGGGCAGUGCCCCAGAAACCCGCUGCCCUGCCACCCCCUGUAGUGCCAGGUGGCUGGAGGGCACUGGGGGAGAGACCCCACCCUCAGCCCAGAGCAAGAAGCUGGGGGAAGGAGGGGGUCGGGCAGGGGCAGCCACCUUCUCCCUUCCUCAGGUCUCAGGGGCCCCCACCACGUCCCCACCACCUGUCUCUGGGGCCUGGCAGCUGGGGGACAUGCUCUCCUGGUGCCCCACAGCCCCCCUCACCUCCACCCCGCCCCAGACUUUGGCUCGCCCCACCCUGCUCCCUCUACUCGCCAACUUGUGGCUCAUGGAGAUGUCCUGUCGAAAGCUGUCCCCCAGACCAAACUCUGAUGCUGACCCCACCCCAGCAUCUGUCUGUUCCCCCAAAGCCCCUUCCUUCCCGAGAGCUCUCGGCGGGUCCCAGGGCCCAGACCUGCCUCAGCCAAGGCUCUGCCACCAGAGUCGGUGGGGGGCGGUCCCCAGGCUCCUUGGGGAGGCCCCUGCCUCUCCCCCUCGUUCCCCGCUCUCCCCGAGCCUUCCCUGAACUCGGUCUGCAUAGCCAAGUGCUAGAGCAGAAAGAGGGGAUGAGGGGGCCCCAGAAGGCCUCUCUGAGCAAGUGGCCAAAGGGGGACCAGGCAGACUCUGCUGGAGCCAAGCAGGGACCCCCAGGCCAGAGGCUGCCUGGCACCGUGAGGGGACUUCCUGCCUCACGUCCAGGAGGCCUGGCCCUGCCCAGCACAGGCGCCGACUCCCCAGGCCGCCCCACGGCUGCCGGAGGGCACUGGGCCGUUCCAACUCCCCGGCCCCUCCUGCCUCCAGCAAACCUGGGGCCACACCACCCCUGCCGGAGCCCCCAGCUGGGGGUCCCCAGCGCCUGAGACCAGGGGGCCCCAGUGCCCAGUGAAGAGCCUGGCCAGGGCCCCCACCCCUGUGGGCAGGCCUCCGCAGCAGGACGGACCCCAAGCCCCCCGCCCCCCCGGCACUGAGAGGCAUGUGGGUGCGGCUGCCUCUGCAGGUUCUCAGAGGCCCCCCUCAGUGAGCAUGAAGCCUGGGACCCCGAAUGUGAGGAGGGACUUACGAGGUGCAUGUGUCUUCUGAGGCCACACAAAGGGCCACCCGGGGGCAGGGGGGCCUGCAGACGUGCCUGGUCCCACAGCUGAGGCCAGAGUCACAGCUCAGCGCCCUCAGAAACUCGGGGAAGGUCCCUCCGGCCUCGGGGGCUCCAGACCCCCCUGGGCUUGGGGCGCAUCCCUCCAGCCUCUGCCCCCGUCUGCACGCGGCUUCUCCCCUCUCUGUCUCCUCAUCUGCCCGCCUCCCUCUUAGGAGGACACUGGUCACUGGAUUUAAGGUCCCAUCCACGGUGCCGGGGCUCAAAAUGUGGGCACAUGGCGGGGCCACCUCGAGCCCUACAAGAAGCAAAGGUGGCCCCGCUGGUGUGACUCAGGGGUUGAGCGCCGACCUAUGAACCAGGAGGUCAGGGCACAUGCGGGCUCGAUCCCCAGUCGGGGGGGGGGGAGCGGGGGGGUGUGUGUGCAGGAGGCAGCCGAUCAAAUGACUCUCAUCAUUGAUGUUUCUCUCCCUCCCUUCCUCUCUAAAAUCAAUAAAAUAUGUUUUAAAAAAAGAAAGAAGCAAAGGCACUCAACCCAGUUCCCACGUGACCCACGCCAGGCCCUGGGAGGCAGGUCACAGCCCAGGCGCGAGCACCCCCACCUGGGGGCGCACUGUCUUACUAGAGCCCCCACUUACUGUUGGAUAAAGCGGGGACCCCGCGUGCUGGGGCUCUGGUGAGGGAGGUGUAAUGUGGCCAUAAAGCCGAGUGAGCACCAAACACCUUCUGGGUCCGGUCUGAGGUCCGGGAGUGGAUGUGCGGGUCUCAGAAGGCUGAGGAGUGAUCCUGGGGAUAAUGGCAGCCCAGCUCCCCGG